AUGUAUUUAGAAACGUCACAAGGAGAGACAGGGAACAGCGCUAGACUUGCUAGCACCUUUGCACCUCCGGGAAAAUACUGCAUCAGUUUCUGGUUCCACAUGUUUGGCCAGACGAUUGGAUCUCUAAACGUAUACCUUCAGAGGAACGAGUCGGCUCUGGACCUGCCGGUCUGGACCAGGACCAGUUCUAGUGGAAAUCGCUGGAGGGAAGCAUAUGUCGAUGUGGUGGACAUUUACACAUUUCGGGUUGUUUACGAAGCGGUCCGUGGGAGUAGUUAUACUGGAGACAUUGCAAUCGAUGACGUUGGUAUGACGGAGGGUGAAUGUCCAGGGACUCAGGCGUGUGAUUUUCAACACGAUGAUAUAUGCGGGUAUCAACAGGAACUAACCAGGGAUGAUUUUGAUUGGAAACAAGGCUCUGGAAGUACCCUCUCAGCAGGAACAGGUCCAACAACAGAUCAUACGUAUGGGACUACAUACGGCAAGUACGUGUACAUUGAUUCAUCUGAACAGAAUCCAAGCGAUAGGGCGCAGCUGUAUACCAAGAUAACUGAUCCAGAUCCAAGCGGGUUUGCGUGUUGGAAAUUCUAUUACCACAUGAAUGGUGUUGGCGUUGAUACACUACGAAUUCUGUCUGACAUUGAUGGAACACAAACUGAACUAUUAACUUUGGUUGGUAACCGUGGAAACAAAUGGUUUUCAACACACGCUGAAGUUGAGGCUUUAUCAAGAUAUCGUGUAGUAUUCGAAGCAUCAGUAGGCAACACCAAAGAAACAGGGGAUAUAGCAAUCGAUGAUGUUGAUUUCCGAGGUGGCGUCUGCGGUCAUGAAUUGUCAUGCACCUUUGAGAGUGAUCUUUGUCUCUGGGAAAAUGUUGCUUACGGGGACAGUUCAGACUGGCAACGGAUCUCUGGGUUGACGGUUACAAGUACUACAGGGCCCAACGUUGACCAUACUACUGCGACAGAAUCAGAUCAAGGAGCGAGAUGA